UCUUUCCCUAAGCGGCCUGAGGUGAGUGGUUCUCCUGUGUUGCUCCAAGGGCUCAAUCCUCCUGCCAUCACUGCCAUCCUGGCCUCGGGGGCGGCGGCCUCCAGGACCCGGUAAUCUGUGAAAAUGGUUCGCUAUUCACUUGAUCCGGAGAACCCCACAAAGUCAUGCAAAUCAAGAGGUUCCAAUCUUUGUGUUCACUUUAAGAACACACGUGAAACUGCCCAGGCCAUCAAGGGUAUGCAUAUACGAAAAGCCACGAAGUAUCUGAAAGAUGUCACUUUACAGAAACAGUGCGUACCAUUCCGACGUUACAAUGGUGGAGUUGGCAGGUGUGCCCAGGCCAAGCAGUGGGGCUGGACACAAGGCCGGUGGCCCAAAAAGAGUGCUGAAUUUUUGCUGCACAUGCUUAAAAAUGCGGAGAGUAAUGCUGAACUUAAGGGUUUAGAUGUAGAUUCUCUGGUCAUUGAGCACAUCCAAGUGAACAAAGCACCCAAGAUGCGCCGCCGGACCUACAGAGCUCACGGUCGAAUUAACCCGUACAUGAGUUCUCCCUGCCACAUUGAGAUGAUCCUUACUGAAAAGGAAUAGAUUGUUCCUAAACCAGAAGAGGAGGUUGCCCAGAAGCAGAAGAUAUCCCAGAAGAAACUGAAGAAACAAAAACUUAUGGCACGGGAGUAAAUUCAGCCUUAAAAUAAAUGCAA